GCAGGCUUCUUACAGUGGAAAAAUGUCAAACUGAACGUGGUGAAAUUCCGGGAAAAAUAUUCGGGUUAUCGAUGGAAUUCGUAAGAAUUCUAACAAUGUUUCACAUGGGUUUUGGUUAAUUUGAUUGCGUCUCCGUGGAUGGAAUGCAAAUUCCAUUGAUUCGAUUGGGAAUUGUGUAGCUGUGCUAUUUGGGAGGGAUUUUAUCUGUCAGUUUUAAUUGACAUUCAAAAUGGAAUUGUUUCGGAGUGACACCCAUUUCAUUUUCGUACAGGAGAGACACAAUCUCUGGUGUGAUAAAAUAACUGGAGAAUUGUCUGCUAAAGCUGAUUGGGAAUGGGCAACAGCAAAUAAUUUGGAAUGUCUCGGAAUCUGCCACGGAAUAAUCGGAAAAAUCGAGCAAACAUCUUUCAUGGAGCCCCGACUAAUGUUGAUAAAGGAAAUAUCAACUGUAGGUGAACUAUAUGGAAAUCGCAUUGUCCAUAAAAUUAAAUCGGUCGCCUUCCUUCAAAUUGGUUCAGAGAAUUCUGAUUUGGGUCUAACUCCAUGUAAAAAACACGGAGGCAUGUCGAAAAUUUCGAUGGGGAGUUCGUUCGAUGCUCCCCAAAAGACUGGAUUCAUGAAGACAUGGGGGACAAUAAAGAGUGCUACGAAUACGAUCAAGAACACCACUCAGCAGGCCGCAGCACUUGCAACAUCACAAGUCAAGUCCACGGUGAUCAAACGGAGUAUUGGAAAGGACAAAGAGAAGUUUGAAAGGAGAAUACUCGAGGAACUGAACAAAGUGUUCGGAGAGACUGAUUCCUUUUUUUUCUGUCAGACUGGAGAUAUCACGAAUUGUUUGCAGAGGCAAAGGGAGAAAGAGAUGAAGUCAAAAGAGAUGGGGGAAGAUGAUAAAUCCCUGUGGAAGACAGUUGACGAUAGAUUUUUUUGGAACAAACACAUGCUUCAUGAUCUCAUCAAUUUAAACAGUGACGCUGCGAAUCAUUGGAUUCUACCUAUUAUCCAAGGAUACAUUCAGAUAGAAAAAUGUAAAGUUGAAGUUGGAUAUGAUAAUCAACCCCAGUAUGAAACAUUCAACCUUGCCAUCAUUUCAAGAAGAAGUAGAUUUCGAGCUGGAACAAGAUAUAAAAGGCGAGGGGUGGACGAGGCGGGAAAGUGUGCCAAUUAUGUGGAGACAGAACAAUUGGUUUGGUAUCAUGAUCAUCAAGUGUCGUUCGUUCAGGUCCGUGGGAGUGUUCCAGUCUACUGGUCUCAGCCAGGAUACAAAUAUAGACCUCCACCUCGUAUCGAUAGAGAUGAAACCGAGACUCAGAUCGCCUUCGAAAAACACUUUGAAGAGGAACUGUCAUACUACGGUCCCAUUUGCAUUGUAAAUUUAAUAGAACAAAGUGGAAAAGAGAAAAUUAUCUGGGAUGCUUACAGUAACCACGUGAUAAACUACAAUCAUCCGGACAUCACCUACACAACAUUUGAUUUUCAUGAAUAUUGUCGAGGAAUGCAUUUUGAGAAUGUUUCAAUCCUAGUGAAUGCUCUGAGUGGAGUCUUGACCGAAAUGGGCUACUGCUGGCACGAUGUUCAAGGCCCAAUUUGCACCCAGAAAGGAGUAUUCAGAAUUAACUGCAUCGAUUGUUUGGAUAGAACGAAUGUUGUGCAAACUGCGCUUGGUAAAACUGUAAUGGAAAUGCAGUUUUCGAAAUUGGGAUUAAUUCCACCUGAUGGGACAUUACCAACAAAUCUCAGACAGACCUUUCAAUUAUUGUGGGCUAAUAAUGGGGAUAUUAUUAGUAAACAGUAUGCAGGAACGAAUGCAUUGAAGGGAGAUUAUACGAGAACUGGUGAGAGGAAAUUUACUGGACUCAUGAAAGACGGCGUAAAUUCAGCGAACAGAUAUUACCAGCAACACUUUCUGGAUGAGACACGCCAGGCGGCGAUUGACCUUACAGUCGGUAAUCAGGUCGACGUUGAGAGAUUGAGGGACGAUUGGUCACAUUACUUACAAAUACUCGACAAUUGUUGUCUCGAAUUAAUACCCGUAAAACCACCGAACAUACAACUAUUUAUUGCAGAACAUCCUGAUAUCCUAUUUGCAAGUGUCCUAUACGAUCUAGGCAGAUAUUAUUUGAACCGAUUCAAAGAUGUCUACAGACAAGCCAGUAUCGACCUAAUGUCAGGUCACUCAGUAAACGAAGAAAUCUUCCACGAGCGUAAUGAGGAAGAGGACAACGCUGCAACAGCAUUCCACGUGAAACUCCUGAUCGAGGACUGCAAAAAGCUUCUCAUCCCCGAUCCCGAAGUAAUUCUCGGAAGUUGGGGUCUCAUCGACGCAGACCCAGUGGCAGGUGAUCCCAGUGAAACCGAAAUGGACUCAAUCCUAAUCCUCACCAGGGACAGUUACUACGUAGCAGACUACGACGACCAGAUCGACAAAGUCACGAACUACCAGAGAGUUCCGCUUUCUGACAUCGUCAUGAUCGAAUUCGGCCAACCAGACAGUGGAGUAUCCCUCUUCAAGAAUAAACAGCACCACUGCAUCAGGAUAAACUACAAAAUGGGAAGUGAGUACGGAUAUUUCCACAUGUUUAGAAGCACCAACCUUCGUUUUUUCAAUAACAUGGCGGUUGUCAUAAAAACGGACGAGGAGACAAUUGAAUCAAUGAAAGCUAUUUGCGAGACAUUUUCGGUAGCUGUUGAGAUCGCCGCCCUUCCAAAAGUUCCCAUCGCCAUGAACGUUCCCUUAGAUAAACGAACGAGUAAACCGGUAAAAGCAAAAGGAUCGACAAUCCUCUUAGACAUCUCAUCGUUCCCCCAGAUCACCAGGAACGUCUCCGAGACUCAACUUCUCGCCCUCAAGAGCGCAGGAACAAAAGCCUUGAGCAACAUGUCAGAACAAUUCAGCAAAUUGAACAAGUUGGGUUCCACCUUCAGUGGAGGGAGGAAAUCAGAUAAAUCGUCGACGAAAUUCACAGACUCAGCCAAAAAGACAACUUUCACAGUUGGGAAUUAUGAUUUGGCAGGAAAGAGAAGUGCUGAUCCUGAGGAAGUCCACAGCAGUGGUGGGAGUAGUGGGAGUAGUCCAGUGCCUCAGGAAUUCACUGGAGUUGUGGAACGAAAUCCCCAAAAUUAUUACAAUAAAGUUGAUUUGGCAAUGGAUGGGCUGCAUCUGGUGUCUCCAUCAGAGGGGGACAGGCCAGCCCCUGAAAUCACUAUUCAAGCAGCUGGAGAAGGUGAGAGAGAGGAGAAAGAGAGAGCCCUUCCACCAUCCACCUUGAACUUGACGAAGAACAUCAGUCAUUCAUCAAGUGAAGUUGAUGGAAACGUCAAGCCGAGUAAUCACAUGCAACUCGAGCCCUCGGGAGACAGAAAACGUAGCAACUCUGAGCAGGAUCUAACAGUCAAUAAUAUAACUUCGUCGCAGAGUGAAUCUGCUAUAAAAUCCCUAAAAACGAACGUCGCAAAUGCAGCGUCCCCUGUAGCAAAUACUGCGAAAGAAAUUCUUUCUCCAUUUUCUAAGUUUGCUAAAGGUGUACAGACAUUUGGGGCUAACUUGGACCCUCGGAAACUGAAGGCUGGUCAGGUGUCCGGCGCCAGGACACUCUCUGAUCAACAUCUCAAUGAGAGACAAAAGCUUAUCGAACGCUGGCAGAACUGCCGGUCCACUCUCAUUGCCCUUUAGACAAUUUGUUAGAUCUUUAUUUAGUUGCUCUGCGAAAAGGUUUACGCGAAAAGUUUGGUAACUCUCUUAUAUUCUGAAGCAUCCAGUGAAUAUUGAACUCGAAGUAGCGUGGAUUCACGCACGAAAAAAUUUAAUAGAAAAACCUAGCAAAUUCG